ACUUGGAGCCCUCGCCAAUCGAUGCAGAAGGCUGAAUCGCUGUGGCCCGUUAAAAUCGAACGGAGGAGGUGGCUUCUUCCGGCUGGGUCCAGGAGAUAGCUGUGUAAGUUGAAGGACGUCGGCUGUCGAAUUUGUGGCUUUAACAAGAUUGAAAUAAUGGCAGGUCCAGAAAAUGAUGCCCAAUUCCAGUUCACUGGUAUUAAAAAAUAUUUCAACUCUUAUACUCUCACUGGUAGAAUGAAUUGUGUACUGGCUACAUAUGGAGGCAUUGCUUUGGCUGUCUUAUACUUCAAGCUAAGAUCUAAAAAAACUCCAGCAGUGAAAGCAACAUAAAUGGAUUCUAAAAUGUGUGACCUCAUCUGUUAAGUUCCCAUCCCUGGAGAAGCUAAUGUCAACUCAUCAUGUAAUAUUCAAUUUGUACAAUAAAUUAUGAACCUGGAAAA